AUGAAGGUAAAACUUGAAGAGGUUCCCGAGGAAAGGGAUUGCUAUGACUGCACUGAGAAGAAAAAUGGAGUUGGAGACGGAAAAGAAAUUGAAGAAGCUGGCUCUAGAAAAAGGAAAACAGUACCUUUCAUCGACUAUUUUGAGAGAGAGAAAGCAGAGAGCAGUCAAAGAACAUCAUCUCAAGGACAGCCUCGCUCAUUCAAAGCACCACGUCUCUAUGGUAACGUUGAUCUAGAUUUGAACGUGGAUCCUAACAUGGAACUUGGCUUUGACCUGAACCGCGAUCCUAACAUGGAGCUUGACUUUGACCUGAACCGCGUUCCUAACUUAGAUCUCAACAUGGAGCCUAGCCUUGACCUGAACCUUGAUCCUAACUUAGAUCUCAACAUGGAGCUUGGCUUUAACAUGGAACCUAUCCUUGUUCUGGACCCUAGCUUAGACCUCAAUUUGGAUCCUACGUUCGAUUUGAAUGUGGACCCUAACAUUGAGGUGAAUCUAGUUGCCGUAUUGUGGUUCAUCCUCUUCUAG